AUGCCGUCAGGAAAAGCUACCGCAACAAUCAACGGCCGUACCAUUGCCGAGACAGAUAACUGGGAGGUUGUAGAGGGAAAUGUCUAUUUUCCACCAUCCUCGGUGAAACAAGCUAUGCUCUCCAAGACGGACCAUAGUACACAUUGUCCCUGGAAAGGUGAUGCAUCAUACUAUACCAUCACGUUUGACAAAACGGAGUUGAAGAACGCAGCUUGGUAUUAUCCAGCUCCGUUUGACAAGGCUCAGAAUAUCAAGGAUUAUGUUGCGUUCUACAAGAACUUGGUUGAUGUGAAGGCGGAGGAGAACUAG